GGGCGCGCGGCGGCGGCUGAAGCAGGGCCGGAGCCGGCCUGGGGGCCCGCGGAGCCGAGCUCAGCGAGCGGAGCGCUUGGGCGGCGGCGGCGCGCGCGAUGGCUCCGGCCGGGGACCGCGAGGGCUACUGGGGCCCCACGACCUCCACGCUGGACUGGUGCGAGGAGAACUACGCGGUGACCUGGUACAUCGCCGAGUUCUGGAAUACAGUGAGUAACCUGAUUAUGAUUAUACCUCCAAUUUUUGGUGCAAUUCAGAGUGUUAGAGAUGGACUGGAAAAGCGGUACAUUGCUUCUUACUUAGCACUCACCGUGGUAGGAAUGGGAUCCUGGUGCUUCCACAUGACUCUGAAAUAUGAAAUGCAGCUAUUGGAUGAACUCCCGAUGAUUUACAGCUGUUGUAUAUUUGUGUACUGCAUGUUUGAAUGUUUCAAGAUGAAGAACUCAGUAAACUAUCAUCUGCUUUUUACCUUAGUUCUCUUCAGUUUAAUAGUCACCACAGUUUACCUUAAGGUAAAGGAGCCUAUAUUUCAGCAGGUCAUGUAUGGAAUGUUGGUCUUCACAUUAGUACUGCGAUCUGUUUAUAUUGUUACGUGGGUUUAUCCAUGGCUUAGAGGACUGGGUUAUACAUCCUUGGGUCUAUUUUUAUUGGGAUUUUUAUUAUGGAACAUAGAUAACAUCUUUUGUGAAUCACUAAGGAACUUUCGAAAGAAGGUGCCACCUAUUAUAGGUGUUACCACACAGUUUCAUGCAUGGUGGCAUAUUUUAACUGGCCUUGGUUCUUAUCUUCACAUCCUUUUCAGUUUAUAUACAAGAACACUUUACCUGAGAUACAGGCCAAAAGUGAAGUUUCUCUUUGGAAUCUGGCCAGUGAUCCUGUUUGAGCCUCUCAGGAAGCACUGAUGAAUUAUUCCACCAAGAAAACAAAAAAGCACCUACUACAGGCCAAAUGAAUAAGGAAGUUCUUAAAGAUCUACGCAUUCAAGUAUAUCAUGACCAUCACAGCAAAUGAGUGACUUUCCGACUAAUGCUGCCAACCACACAGAGAAUGAGGAAUGGGGCUUGUUGGAUGUUUAGCUCAUGCCUUUAUCUCAUUUGUCCUCUUCCCCCUCCCCGUCACCAAAGAUGUUUAAAAUGAAAUAGAUGUGAUAUGUGUAUAUACUUGAAAGCUGGAAAAAUUGGGCUUUUCUUGAUUGUUUAACAGUUUGUGGUGAUCAUAGGAAAUUAACCUUUUUCUCUUUUUUGACAAGGGUUGCAUGCGAAUUAUACUUUUCUUAACAUUUGAUUAAAUAAUGAAAACAGCUAAGGGCUGGCAAAACCCCAUAUCCAGAUGGCCAGCAGUGAGCUGGCACUUAGCUGUGUCAGCCUUGAUUUAUAUUUUUGUCAUAGUAACCUCACGGAUGGUUUUCCAAGGUGAAAAAGAGCUGUCUGUGGGAUUCUGGCUGCCUCCCUCUCUGUAGUUGGAGGGUCAUAAGCAAGCUCAGACCUGCCACUUGGUCCUAUACUUGUCACAUCCCAGAUUUGUGGUGGGCUCUGGGGUUGUCAGUGUAUGGCCAUAGCCAGUCAGAGUGGGCGGGUCAUCUUGUAACCUUUCUGAAGGUCCACAAGGCACCUGUAGAAUGUUGUACCUCCAAGCCAGUUAAAGUUGCUCUGUUUCCUUUGAUCUUUGCAGAUCUUUAAGUUGUCACUGUUUUUAUGGCUAGGCAAACUUGAUUUGUGGUCUGGCCUACCCAUAUUCCAUCCUCCUAGCAUAGUUUAAAGUUACCAGUUAAGGUCAUUAUACUCUGACUUUUUAAAUUAUGCAGUAUUUUCCAGUUUUCAGAGAGGCCAUGGUUAUUCCCAGGGAAAUGUGUCGAGUUAACUAGAGCUAAAAUGAUCAGGAUUCUAUUUACAUAAACCCUAUUAGAAUACCUGAUCCUUCAUUUUUUGAAGGAAAUAGAUAUAAGGAUUAAGAACAGCUCUAACUUACUUGAACUUGUAACAGAACUCCCAAAAAUUAAAGUGCCAAGAAAUGGUAGUGAAAUCUCAUUGUAAGGCAGCUAGUUCUAAUUUGGAUUUGAAUGUAUAACAAACUGAAUCGCCUUUCACAAAUAUAACACCUGCCUGGAGUAAACCCCUCAUCUGACCCCUUUGCUCGUAUAUCACUGUAUUUGGAGCUCUGUGCCGUGUAGCAGUUUACCACUUUUCCUGCUUACAUUAUUAUAAAAUCCAGAUUGUUUUUAUCACAUGGUGACAUUACCCCAGAUUAAAUCCUGAGCUACAGCUUCAAAAAGAACACCUUUUUUUUCUUAUGCAAAGGUAUAAAACACUUCUGUCAUUUUCCCAGUAUUCAGUAAGUAGCCUUGGUACACAUUUAAAACCAGUACAAAUUUCUUUGUUUUCCUUCACCUACUGACUUUAGUUUUUGUCCAAGUAACUAUUUUCCUUACUUUAGCAAGCCAACAUGCCAUUAGGCAGAUACUUCCACCUACUUUCAUGAUCUUCCAGCGGGAGAAACACUUGCCAAAACAAAUCUAAAAAAACUUUGGUUGUGCCUUAGCAAAGUAUAAAAUUAAACAGUUCUAAAACACUGUUCCUUCUUUUGCCACAAAAUUCUGGCUCCUGGCCACAUUUCCUGUGCAGCUACCCUGGCUAUCAGCUGUCUUACAUUUCUUAAUGAGUGCAUUUGUUUCCCCCUAUUGUCCUUCUGUACUGCUCAUUCACGAUAUACUUGGGUGUGCUUGAUAUAGCAACAAAGGCACUUCCUUCCUGACAACGCUGCUGAACACUGUGAGCCUGAGGCUCUGCAGGGUUAACGGCAGAUUAGGGUACAGGGACACACCCUCGCCCUGCGCAGUUGAGUGCAUAGUGUUGAAGAAGCAGUUCAGCCGCCCCCAGCGCUGUCGCUUGUUGAAUAAAGUUGUCCAGACCUCACUGGAGGAGCAUCACACCACUGGUUGAGUUGUAACACUGCCGCCAGUUCUUCAGAGACCCUUGUUUCUCUUGUGAAAACAGACAGCCUGAAAGCGCAGCAAAAAAAUAUUUUAGGAGUGUUGAGCAGAAAGCAGAGACUAAAUUCAGGCUCUUGAAUUUUCUACGUUACUUUGUGGCUCUCUUUUUCACAACCUAAGUGUGAGCACACUCAAGACUCUCUCGCUCUGCCAUUUAGAGUCUUAUGGAAAUACAGCUGACCUUCAGGAUAUUGCUAAACUGUCUUUAUUUCAAUGGCUUUCUUUUUUUCCUUCUGGGAUUCUGGGUGGGCAUUACAAGUUGGAUUACCACCCCCUCCCUUCCUUUUAUCUUCUUGAAAGACUUCCUGUUAACUAGAGUGUACAAAAAGCCUGUCUCCUGCUGAGCCAGUGAUGGGUUUUUGCAUGUCACCUGAUGUGAAAGGUGCUCAUCGCAAGCCCGGUGGCAAAUUAUACUUUAGGAAACAUUAUUUUAUGAGGACCUGAAAGAAGCAGUUUGCUAGCACAUUUUAAUAUCCUUCCCGUGCUGCCAUUUUCACUCCAGAAAAUUGAAAGCAGUUCGACUUUUUUUUAAGGGAAAACUAAGUGAAAGGUGGUGGUUCAUCUGCUUGGUCACUCCACCUGCCCCUCCCCACCUUGGUGCUUUCAAGAAACAUUGCCUCCACCUGAAGUGAUCUCUUUUAUCCUUUGCUGUUAUAUAAAUUGAUGAUUAACAGGAGAAACAUUUGUUUUUGAAUAGUCUACAAAUGAGAACCCCAAAUAGUGGUAUUUGGUUUAGCAGAAUUGCAAUUAGAUCAAAUAUUUUGGUUGAACCUUAGUGCAGAUUUUCCAGGACUGUUAAUCUGGGCUUUCCUUAUACUAAGAGGGCUUUCUUAUAUGAAGGAGAGGAGGUGUGAGUCAAAGAAAACCAAGAGAUCAAAAACUUCAGGUACACUGUGCAUGAAAAUCUUUAAAUGCCUGAAAAGAGUAAGUUCUGUUUUAAUGCAGCAUCUUCAGAAUUUAACCAAUGCCCCUAAAAGUGUCUAAUAAUUUAGUUUAAGGUUUUCUCAUGAGUCCUAUGGGUUCCAUAUUACUUUGCUCUUGAAAAAAAAUAGUUUGUUGCUAAGUUUGACGGUUUUAGGUCUCAAUUCCACAUUUACAUGACAGAAGAAAUUCUUUUAACCCUGUGGUUUAUGCUGUGCUGCCGGAUAAGCAUUUAUGUAAAAUUGCUGUCUUAAAGAGAAGCAGUUAGAAUUGGCAUUGGCAGCUGUGUGGUGGCUUGUGGAUCUCCCUCUGUCUUACGUUUUACAUCGUAUCAAUGCCAUGAUAUAAUCAGUUUGACCACUUUGUCUUGUUUUUCAAUGUGUAAAAUUACAGCUUAUUCACUAUGCUGUAAACAUUUGGAAAUAAUGACUGAAAUUUGACUAAAAGCAGGUAAACUUUACUCCUUUGUGGAGGAGGCUGCAAAAUGAAAAAAAAAAGAACAGUCAUGACCCAUCU